UUCUGAUAAAGACAUGUUGGCUGAUUUUUAUGAUAAGUCCACCCUGUUCCCACUUUAGUUUACAUCUAGCGUCUGAAACUAACCCUGGACUCACACAGGGAACACCUUUGCUGCAGUUUCGUUCUGUGCUUUGCCCAGCAUCAACUCACACUGACUAAGCGUUUCAGGAGUGGAGUGUUGUAGCCUGCCCCACAUUGUUGACUUGUUGUUAAUUUGUUCUUUUUGUAUUUUACAACCGGGAACAGUUCUCUGCAACCCAGUUUUGUUCCGUCCUCUGCACGGCUUCAUAGCCCACAGGGAGCAUUUCAGAGUGUUUUGCCUGCCUGAUUUUGCAGACUUAUUCAAAUUUGGUAAUUAGUCUUUCAUUUUUAUGCUUCUACCAUGGUUAAGUAGGCUACAUAGCUAAAUUGUUUUUCUUUUUUUGUCUGUUUUAAUCGUGUGUUUUGUUGGUUUUUUCAAUUGGGAUUCUGCACAGGAUGUUUUAUUUUGAAAAUUGACUGGAUUUUCAAUGCUGUUCGGUGUCUGACUUCCUGCCUGGUUCAACUGCUCUGUGCUGCUUGAUGUGGCUUCCGUCAAAAAUAGACUCGCUGCGUAUUCUCCAAUGAGCAGAGAGCUGCUUCUGGGAAACGCUGCGGUGCACUUGUGACCUCAGCCAUUGACUAGAUUGGCUGCAGCGCAGCCGUAACAUGGCGCUGGCGUUCCCUGUGUGAGUCCAGGAUGACUACUCCCGUUACCUUGAACGUGGGAGGCCACAUGUACACCACCAGUUUAUCCACUCUGCAGCGCUAUCCAGACUCCAUGCUGGGUGCCAUGUUCCGGGGAGAUUUCCCCACAACUCGCGAUUCCCAGGGGAAUUAUUUCAUCGAUCGUGAUGGAACACUUUUCCGGUACAUCCUGAACUUUCUGCGAACGUCUGAGCUUACCCUCCCUGUGGACUUCACAGAGACAGACCUCCUCAGGAAAGAAGCAGACUUCUACCAGAUUGAACCUUUGAUCCAGUGCCUUAACGAUCCCAAACCGCUGUACCCUCCCGACAUCUUCGAGCAGGUUGUGGAGCUCUCUAGUACUCGGAAACUGUCAAAAUAUUCAAACCCAGUGGCUGUCAUCAUCACGCAGCUAACCAUAACUACAAAGGUUCACGGCCUGCUGGAAGGUAUUUCCAACAACUUCACCAAGUGGAACAAACACAUGAUGGACACCAGAGACUGCCAGGUUUCGUUCACCUUUGGACCAUGUGACUACCAUCAAGAGGUGUCCCUAAGGGUUAACCUCAUGGACUAUAUAAUGAAACAAGGCUUCACCAUCCGCAACACACGUGUGCAUCAUAUGAGUGAGCGCGCAAACGAGAACACGGUGGAGCAUCAUUGGACUUUCUGUAGGCCUGCUCACAAAGUUGAAGACUGAGUCGCAGCACAGUUGUUGUGUGUGACAUUACGGUUUGAUUUGUCUUCAUAUAACACAAAUCAUGAUUUUAAAUUAAAAAAAAAAAGAACAUAAUUGACCCCUUUUUCAGUUAUGUAUCACUUUUCCCCACAUAUUUUGAUCAAUAUGUGAUACAGAGUGCAAGGCUCAGUGUCCAGUUUGCAAAAAGACAGGGAAAUGACACUUAUUGAUUUAUUGCCCUGUUUGAAAGUUUGAUCUUUACUAUAAAAUUCUUAUCUGUGCUACCACUACAUAUUUCACUUACCUUGAAUAACUAAUACUUCGUUAAUGUUACGUCUACAAAACAGCUUUUCUUGUGAAGCAGAAAAACCCUAUAGCAAUGGUUUUAUCUAUUAAUACCCCAAUGAUGCUAAAAAAAAGUGUGGGUACGCUGAUUUUCAUCGGAAUAAUUGUGAUUGAAUGUGGUCCCAAUACCUGUGUCUGUUAUAAAGUGAUUGUAAACAGGUAGCCAUGAUUUGAGAAUACAUACAGUAUCAAAUCUACAUCUAAACAUGCAUUACUGUAAAUUUAAAUCACAAUUUGAGAGGAAAAGAUGAGUUUGUACCCCUAGACAAGCUGUCUUGGCCAUGUUUUGGACUAGAGACACUGAAAGAAUUUUUUGGGAUCCCAAGUAGUCGGGAGGGUACUUUUAAAAUAAUAAAUCUUGAUUAUCUUUAGCCCAAUUUCUUUCAAGUGAGUUAACAGUAGAUCUUAAAAUUAGUCUCUUAUCUCUGUAUUAUCUCCCUGUACGGUACUAUUUCUUAAGACCCUAGUUGUUGUUGCAUGUGUCGUGUGUGUGUGUGUGUGUGUGUGUGUGUGUGUGUGUGUGUGUAUUUGCUCUGUGCGCUUUGCAGUAUUAUGUCAGUGUUACACUUAAGAACUCAUAACAACAGUGAUGUGUUUGAUCAUUCCAGCUAAAAUAAACCCAUUUGUGUAUUUCUCAGUCA